CGUAGGACUGUACAAAAUGCAGUGGGAGAUAAUUUGUUAAACUUGUCAAUUUCUGAAUUUUAUUAAAAAGACAUGCGCCUAGCUUAAGACUUUUGCAACAGUUAUAGUGACAGAACAUGCUUAUGAGUGAAAUGUGAAAAUAACGCAAUGGCACAAUAUUUGACUAACUGAACGAAAGCUGGUUUUUCGUAUCGCCGUAUCCUGAAUAACAUUGUACAGAUAUAAACAAAAAUGGGUAAACAAAAUAGCAAACUCAAACCCGAGGUUUUAGAGGAUCUGAAGCAGAACACGGAAUUCUCAGAUGCAGAAAUACAAGAGUGGUACAAAGGAUUCUUAAAAGAUUGCCCCAGUGGACAUUUGUCUGUAGAGGAGUUCAAGAAAAUAUAUGGGAACUUUUUCCCGUAUGGCGAUGCUAGUAAGUUUGCAGAGCACGUGUUUCGGACGUUCGACGCCAACGGCGACGGGACGAUAGACUUCCGGGAGUUUCUGUGCGCCCUCAGCGUGACGUCACGCGGGAAACUCGAACAGAAGCUCAAGUGGGCCUUCUCCAUGUACGACCUCGACGGAAACGGGUAUAUCUCUCGACAGGAGAUGCUCGAAAUUGUCACCGCUAUAUACAAAAUGGUCGGUUCCGUGAUGAAGAUGCCAGAGGACGAGUCCACCCCUGAAAAGCGGACUGAUAAAAUAUUUCGACAGAUGGACAAAAACAAAGACGGUAAACUCUCCCUGGAAGAGUUCAUAGAGGGCGCCAAAAGUGACCCCUCCAUCGUUCGGUUGCUCCAGUGUGAUCCGCAGUCCCAGUGAUAUCAUAAAUAUUAAUUUUACCAAUGAGGGUAUUUCGAAAUAUGUCACUCCAGAAGACAGCACUAGGUCGUCACGUUCAAUUCUGUACUACCUUUAGUGCAACAUAUUAUGAAUAUUCUGUUCAGUUGUCAAAGCGACAUUGACAUAUGUUCCCUUUGACAGCUCAAGUAGCGCGGUCUGGGGACACAAAGUACCCUUCCAUUGGUAAAAUCUUUAUCCACACUUGUAUUAUUGUAAAAUAUCAGUUUAUUUAUCAUGCUUGUAAGAGCUAGUGUGCGGCGUAAUCUCUUUGAAAUUAAUUACCGGACCGUUGCCUUGAUGUCUGACCGACUAUAUCCGUUACAUUAUUAAUUUCUUGUAAUUAUAAGGGAAUAACAACUUAUGAAAAUAUAUAGUACAGAUUAAACAGCAAUAUUGUUAUGUAAGAGUACAAAAAGACAAUAUAUUUAGUGGAAAAUAUACUGGAAUAUUUAUUAUUGAGAGAUGUAUUAAAUAAAUUGACGUUACUACCUAAUGACAUGUAGAUUUUAAUGAUUAUAUCUUAAUAGACUAUAAUAUAGUAAUGUUUAUUUUUGUUACUCGCACUAACUUGAACGCUUUUAGAAGAAAAUAUUACCCUGACUUUGUCCAAGGAACACAUAUUCUAACGAAUAUGUUGAUUGCAGCAUAUAUUUACAUUUUUGUAGGUGAUCACACAGCGAGGAAUGUACAGUGGGGAGCAAUUAUACUGACCUCAAGCAGAACCGUUUGUGUCACGUGGGUCGGGUUUAUUUGUUUGCCACUGUAGUUUAUUGUACAGCAGGCUUCAUAAAAAUGUAUACCACCUGCGUAUCGUAGAUGGUAUGUUUUUGAUUCUAAUCCGCUGUACUUACGUCUAUUUUGAUUGAAUCUUGUUUUUCAAAGUUCGUUGUGGCUAAUUGGGAUGUAUAGAAUAGAAUACCAUCUCGGUACUUUCCUUAAAGUACUCGUGGUGGUAUAGUUUUCUAUGUAACUAUCAUUGUACAUAUUCACGUGACACUAAUGAUCGUGUACCAAUUGUGCGUUCAAAAUGUAGUAGUAAUGAAACGAUUGUAUUCAAGAAUGGUGUAGUACAAAUGCAAGACACAAUUUCGUGUCUCUGUUCCAAUUUUUAUGUAAUAACAUCAAUUUAAGCUCUCUUCUUAGUAGUAUUAUAAAACGAAAAAUCAGACAUCAGGGCAACGUAAUUAUAUAACUAUUGAUAGUGUUUUCCCAGAAAUAUAGUUAGGAUUUAGGAUGCGUACUUACAGAAGCGUACCUGAUUUGAAUUCGACCAAUCACAGUGCAAAGCUAUUUUGCGAGCGCAUGAUUGGUUUACAUUUGCACGUCUCCGCUCCACUCCACUUUUGUAAGGACGCAUCUUUUUUGAUUGAUAACAUUUAAGCAGGAAUAAGCCUGCUCACUCAACCGCUGUUGGUUAUAUACAAAUUAAUUCAAUAUUAACUGUUUAUUAUAAUAUUUAAAUGUUACUAUGACCUAUGAUAUUUGGUUGUUUUAUGAGACUGAGUCCGUGAUGUGUAUGAAAACAAAUGAAAAAUGUUUGCAACCGGUUGCAGCUCAUUGAUAUUGAAUAUAUUACCAUGUCAUAUAAUUUAUUCUGGAUUUUGUAUAAAAUGGUACUGAUUAGAUAGUUGUGCCCAAAAUUUAUUUUAAUUCAGCAACAAUAAAUUUGGUUUAAAUGAGCACAUUAAGGUGUGACCUACUUAGCAGUAGCAACUAUUAACACAAUACCAUUCGGCGUUCAACUGUAGUUUAUUAUACGAUUUAUGAUUGAAUGUACACUAAAUGAAUCAGGAAUUCGUGCCUACAGCGGUACACACAUAGUAAACGGCGUUGAAAGAAGCGGAGUUGACGGAUAUUGGCCAAUUAUAGCGUUUUUUUGAUUUUGACACUAUAUUUUGCAAAGAAUGUGGAGUUCGGUUCAGGUUUUUGAGUAAAUGGUAUAAAGUCAUCCUUAUACUUGACGCUGUCGUGUCAUGGCUGUUCAAAGCAAUUCUAGAUGGUAUUUUAGAAUUGUUUUGUGUUAACGUAACCUCUAUUAUAGUGCCUGUGGCCUGGUAGGCUACCACACUUUAGUGGCUGUGAAUAACGCUAAUUCGUUGGUUGCCGAUUUAUUGUCUUACGUUUUGGUGUUUGUGUGUUUUUUAAUUUUUUAUUUUGCAAUCGAAAGCAAUCGUAUUGCCUAGUUUUUCGUGUCUUUUGUGAAGUGCCUGUAAAUAUUAACUUAAUAAUUAUUGUCGGACUAAGGCGUCGUUCAUCAUUUAACAUUUCAACAAAAAGUUAAUAUUUAGUAUUAACACGUAUAAUUAGAGCCUCCCAUUAAUAUUGCAGUUUUACAUUAAAAUGGUUUAAAAAAAUUGCAAUCUAAAAUUCCAGCACUGUCUAACAAAAAUUUCGCUCAUAAUUAGAGUUUUAAAGACCAUAAAAGAACUUUUGUUCUCUGUCUGCGAGAUUUCUAUAUCUGUACUAUGAUAGAACAACCAGUAACGCAGCGCUUAUUCGCGGUUGCCGGAUUGGUUCCCAUUUGCACAUCUCUGCACCGCGCAUUUUAAAUUUCGAUCAUAAUAUAUAAUUAAAUACAUCAAUCAAUAAUGCGUAUAUCAUACAAUUAUUAAAGUAUACAAUUUAAUGUAUUUAUAUCGUACGUUGUAGAUCAUAAUUUGUGAACAGUGCUAGAGUAGUUUUGAUUGUUACAUAUAUAGAAUUGCAGAGGUCGCGUUCAAAGUUGGUAAAGAAAGUUUAAUGGUAAAUAAAUAAUUAAACAUCUCGUGACAUGAAGGUCAUCAUAUGUCUGUUUUAUCAGAUAAAUAAAUGUCGCUUGUAUUAAACUCACUUAAAAACGGAAAGAACAUUUGUGCUAUCACGAAUCUCUCCUUAACUGUAUAGAAUUCCACCAUUUGGGUAUUCUUGCUUGAAGCCGUUAAAAUAUCGAGUUAUGCUAUUGUACAAAAUAAAGAAUGCCAGCAAGAUGCUACUACAUCGACAGCACUAAUUGAGCGCCAUCUACAUUACCUCUGCAAACUUAGUCUGUUCGAAAGUCGAUAAACGCAAGCGGUCGUUAUUAGUUUGGCUACCGUCUUAUAGAUGGCGCUUUGAAUAAAUUAGCAGAUAAUCCAAUAAGAAAUAAUUAUUUCUGAUAUUGGUACAAUUCAUAUAAAGAACAAGACAUUCAAUAGCCCCAUAUAAUUCGUAUAUUUUCCCCGCAAGUCUCAUUAAUGUUUGAGACAGAGUACAGACAUUUUAAUUAUGGUCCUAAAAAAUUAAGCUUUCCGCUUAAGUCUAUAAAAAUUAGAUCUGCAUUAUGUUGCUUUCAAGCAAAUAAACAAUUAGUUUUGAGUUUUUUAAGACUUGUUGAUGAUAGUGACCAAAUUUAAAAGCAAUGAAUAAUUAGCAUACAUCAUACGGUCUUAUACAUACUUACAUAAACUCACGCCUUUUUCCCGGAGGGGUAGACAGAGAUUACAUCUUUCCACUUGCCACGAUCUCUGAAUACUGGCGGUUUUAUAAGGAACCUAUAAUUAUUUUAUAGGAAAAUAGGUACAAAAGCAUGUAGGUUAUUUUCGUAUUCACUUCGAAAAUAGAUUCAGCCUCAGAGAUAUUUCGGGUCGAGCCUUCUUACAUAUUUCGGGUAUAAGUACAACAAUAUUUGUUAUAAAAUAUUACUAAGUUAAUUCAGUAACAAAAGAAAAACAUCGAAAGUAUUUACAGUACAAGAAUUUUUUGUGUAGAUAUCAAAAUUAACAAGUUUAUUCUAAAUAUAAAAGCGAUUAAUAUGUCGUCGCUAGCCAGGGGGAAACGCCUUUACGCGUAGGGCGAACCUUAAUUUGCAAUGUUAUUAUAUAUCAUAGAUUCUAGUUAUAUAUACCUAAGCCUUGGAAAAAUUAUCAUUUCAUAUAAUGUGUUUACACCUAGAAAUAUUAUUUUCAAUAAACUAGUAUAAUGCGUAAUUUAAUGGAAAUCGUUCAAUUUUAAGCAAUAUAAUUAUGCGGUGCGCGUAUAAGGAUGACUUCUUAUAGGACUCGACGAUUCUCAUAAAGCAACCAACAUAUUGUAGUAUUUGAAAUUUUAAUUGUGUCCUAAACCGUAAUGUAACGUAAUUCUAAUAGAUAGCCUUAUCAAUAGACUUGCUAAUGUCGUAGAUAUAUGGUACCCGAUAUGGUGAAUCCCAGCGAUUGUAAGAGACGAUUACGAUCUUUUGCUUCUAUAAAAAAAGAGUGUAAAGCCACGGCACUGCAUGUGCCAUGUAUUUAAAAUAAAAAAUCCCAGAAUCCCAGUAAUAUAAUUUAAAGUAGUUAUUCUUGUCUAUAAGAAUAAUAGGAAAGGUUUUUACCAUCCUAAGAAAAGUUUGUGUACACCUAAGCAAAACCUGGGCGCGACGUGAGUCAAAUAAAAUAUCAAAAGAAAUAUUUUAUGUCCUGUGGUAUUGCAAGCACUGUUGAUUUUUGAUCUCGUAUUAAAUAAGUUACCGCUGUUAAGACAGAUGGCAGCACACGAAACAACUGCUAAAAUAAUUGCAAUUUUACUACCCUCCGAUAGAUGGCGGGAUGGUGUUUUGGAAUGGUGAAAUAUAAUGAAGUUAUUUCUGGUUUUGAAACCCAUCAACCAUCUAUUUGGGUGUAAUUUAAGCAAAUGUGGAAGAUCUUUACAAAAUAAAUAUGCUAAUAACAUUAACAAGUUGUCAGCGUCACAAAAAAGCCUUUUGGUCUUUCUUGUGUGUGCCAACAGUGGUAACUGAACGAGGUUUCAGCUAUCUUCUCACUGCUAGCAUCCACCACUCUAUAGACCAUAAUGUUAUUUAAUAUUCAUGUUGGUAUUUGUAUACUUUACGUACGUAUUCUUAGCUUUUAUCAAGGCGAUACAAUACAAUAUCAAGUUGCAUACAUCAAAAUAUGGUACGGAAGUGGCUGAUAUUUGAUGUAUGUAACUCUUGCCGGCGCUAGCACUGAAAAGACAGUAAAAGUAUUUGCACAACGUGAAGACAAACACGCAACAAACGAACAGACGAAUAUAAUAUGAUAAAUAUACAAAUUAAAGUUAAUUUAUAAUUAUGUUUAUAUGCUGAUCUAUUCGAGUAGCUGAUAUUAUUAAGGUUUAGGUUAUAAUGAUUUUGAAAAUAAUAAAAAAAAAAAAGAAAUAUGUAAUCCUCGAGUCAGCCUAAGUAUUAUUCGAUUAUUUUGUUUAUUUUUAAUGUUUUGUAAGGCUUUUCUUACGGUUAGUGCAAAAUUUAACAUAUUAAGGGAAGACGAUCUAGAAAAUCCUUAAUCAUCUCAUAUUAUUUUGGCGAUACCGGAGUUGUAUUUAAGAUUUUGACAGCUUUCGAUGUUAUGCUAAAUUGUACCUUAUAUAAAUACAUUUGAGUUUAUUUUACCUUGACAUGUAUUCACAUGUAAUACAACUUUGAAUCUACACUUUAUUAUAUCGUUUGCUACAAUAGCAUAUUUGGGAUUAAGGUUCACAAACAUCAUGUUUAAUAAUAAGGCCGAGGUUUGCUAAAUGGAGGAGUCAAGUUCGACCAAAGUUUUUUUAGAGAUGCGAUAAAUCCAUUCAAAACUAUCAAACGAAUCGGAAUAACGUUAAUAUUUAUCAUCAUUAACGUCAUAUGUCGAUAACAGUCGUGAAGCACAGCA